ACAGCAGUCCUUCUAAACCAGACACCCUAUCAUCUUUUCUACAAUCACCCACCUGACCUCACAGAGUUAAGAGUUUUUGGAUGUCUUUGCUAUGCCUCCACUCUAGCCAAUCACAGAACUAAGUUCCAGCCUAGAGCUAGGAAAACAAUAUUCAUAGGCUAUACCCCUGGCAUCAAAGGAUACAGGCUCUAUGAUCUCACCACUCAUGAAGUAUUUACUUCACGAGAUGUUAUAUUAUAUGAGUCAAAUUUUCCCUUUCAAGAAAUGGACCCUGAUGAAUCCUCAAGCUCUCCAUCAGAUCUUUUAUUUCCUCUCCCAUCCCCAGACUCAAAUCUUGUUCAUGAAACCACUUCAAUCCCUACCAACACUACUCCCUCCUCACCUAUAAUACAUUCUCCUUCUGACCAAGACACCAAUCCUUCCCCACCUACCUCUCCUCACCAUCAUACACCUGCAUCACCAACCAAUUCCUCUCCACCACCCUCCCCUCCAAACCCACCUCCUCAACCACAUCUCAGACGAUCAGACAGAACAAUCAAACCUCCCUUUCAUCUCAUCAAAAAUUACCACUGUUACCUUGCAUAAGGCCCUAGCAGCUCCAAUCACCUCAACCUGCAACAGAUCCAAGACCACAUGUGCUCUCUAUCUUCCAUGAUUUCUUACAACAAUUUAUCUGAUCCAUUCAAAAGGUUUCUAUUAAACAUUUCCAGUCAUCAAGAACCACAAUCAUACAAAGAGGCUUCUAAGCUUGAUGUCUGGAAUCAAGCUAUGCAGCAUGAAAUUCAAGCUUUAAUAAAAAAUCAUACUUGGGAUGUUGUUUCUCUUCCACCAAACAAGAAACCAGUUGGAAACAAAUGGAUCUACCAAGAUAAGUUCUUAUCUGAUGGUUCUCUGGAAAGACAUAAAGCCCGGUUGGUUGCAAAAGGAAAUACACAGCAGGAAGGCAUUGAUUUCCAAGAUACAUUUGCUCCUGUAAUCAAGAUGACUACUGUCAGAACCUUCUUAGCCAUUGCUGCUCUCAAAAAUUGGCACAUUCACCAGUUGGAUGUAGACAAUGCAUUCUUAAAUGGUGACUUAGAAGAAGAAGUCUACAUGACAUUACCUAAAGGAUUCUCACCUCCUCCUGACAUUCCCAAUCCAGUUUGCAGGCUUAGGAAAUCUCUCUAUGGCCUAAAACAGGCAUCAAGACAAUGGUUCUCCAAGCUCACUGACAAACUCCUACAGGUUGGCUAUGUGCAAAGCAGAUCACUCACUCUUCUUCAAAGUCACAGACACUACCUACACAUGCAUUCUCAUCUAUGUUGAUGACCUGGUUUUGGGAGGCAAUGAUUUGAAUGAAAUUCAAGCAUUAAAGCAAGUUCUACAUUCAGAAUUCAGCAUUAAAGAUCUUGGCAACCUAAGAUUCUUUCUGGGCAUUGAAGUUGCAAGAAGUAAGACAGGCAUACACCUUUCCCAAAGAAAGUACACGUUGGAUAUUCUGGAAGAAGCCAAUAUCAUUAAUUCAAAAUCAGUCACCACUUCUAUGGAUUACAAACUACAUCUCAGCAAUGAAGUUGACAUUCCUUUUGAGGAUCCAAAACACUACAGAACAAUAGUUGGGAAGCUCAUCUACCUCACUACCACUCCCCCUGACAUUAGUUUUGCUACACAGCAACUAAGCCAGUACAUGUCCAACCCAUCCCUCACCCAUUACAAGGAUGCUCUUCGAGUAUUGAGGUACCUGAAAACAACACCAGCUACAAGUCUUUUCUUCCCAUCCCAAGGUUCUUUUCAUCUUAAAGCAUUCACAGAUUCUGACUGGGUAGCCUGUGUGGAUACAAGACGAUCCACAACUGGGUUCUGCAUCUAUUUGGGUGAUUCACUCAUCUCAUGGAAAAGCAAAAAACAACAUAUCGUCUCAAGAUCCUCUUGCGAGGCUGAGUAUCGAGCUCUGGCCUUUACUUUUUGUGAAAUCCAAUGGUUGCAGUACCUUCUCCAAGACUUCCAGGUUCCUUCCUCAACACCAGCAUCCUUGUAUUGUGACAAUCAGAGCGCCAUUCACAUUGCCAAGAAUCCCACCUUCCAUGAGAGAACCAAGCAUAUCGAGCUCGACUGCCACUUUGUCAAGGAAAAGCUCCAAUUGGGAACACUCAAGCUCUUGCACAUCUCCUCAGCACAUCAAUUGGCAGAUCUCUUCACCAAACCACUCUCCCCUGCACCAUUUCUUUCCCUGCUCUCCAAGCUUGGUGUGCGAAACCUCUGCCCACCAGCUUGCCCGGGGGGGGGGGGGGGUGUAACAGAGUGAAAUCAAAUUUCAACUGUCAUUUGGCUAUCCAUCGUCGUUUUGUCCUCAUCACAGAAGUAAUGCCGCUGCGCUGUCGUUUUACCAUCACUGAAGAAGAUCUACUUGCUCCGAUGCGUUUUAUCCUUGUUCACUGAAGACGCAGUCGAUGCGCUGCCGUUUCCUUCUUUCUUCUUUAAGCUGUACUUUCUUUUACUCCAAGUCAGACUUGGUUUCGCUUCCAAGCUACCAAACAAUGUCCAUGGAAGCUUGUCUGUUUGUAUGGUUUGCUAAGCCUAUAAGAGGCGGAUUUGAUGAAUGAGAAAGCAAGAACUAGGUUUUCAGUCUCUCCAUCUUAUUCCUUUGUUACUAGGUUAGUUAAGCCAGCUUAACUAACUUCUAAGGCACCUCUUAGCUAGAAUUAUCAUUAGAAGCUGUGUUCCAUCCAGAAUGAACAUUUGUUCAAACUCCUAAUAACAGCUAAUUCAAUACCAAAUUAACUACUUCUGUUGCAUGGUACUUGAUGGUGGCAAGUAUAUGAUCAGGAAAUUUGUUUAUCUCAUAGAAGGAUUUGGGUAGUGAUCAUAUUGGUGGAUGUGUUUGAUUCCAGGAGAUAUAAUCAUAUGGAUUGCUCUCAAUGUACGACGUGGCUGUAAAUAUACAUGGGUUUAGUAUAUGUUUUCCGGCGAGGAAAAACUGGUGUUUGAACUCAAUAAAUGCACCUUGACUUCUUGAACAACGAUUAAUAACACGGUUCACUCCUCUCCGAACAAUGUUCGAACGAGGGUGUUUGAUAUUUUUUUAUGGUUUUUUGGGAACAAGCUACGUUACUCUACUCCUAUGGAGGUUCAGUGAGAGCUCCGAAAAAACUAAAAGGGAAGUUGCAGAGAAAAGAUAAAUUUUGACAUGUGUU